AUGUUGUUACUUUUAUUGAUUAUUUUUUGCAAUAUAGGUUUAAAUCAAGCAGUACUACUUCAAUGUGAUUUUGAAACCUAUUGCAAUGAUUUUAUUAUUGAUGAAGAUUGGGGUUUAACAGAUGGUGCUCAUCCUAAUCCUGUCAAUCAUGAUCAUACGUUGAAUACAACUUCUGGUCAUUAUAUUUUCUACGAUCCACAUACUACUCCAGAAUAUCCUACAGUUCAAAUAUGGAUGAAGGACUGGUUACAACCUUCAACUGGCAAACCUCAUUGUUUUCGAAUGUGGUAUUAUACACCUCGUUUAUAUUUUCCGUUCAAUAUUCAACUUGCACAAGGUGAUGAUGAACAAUUAAUACGCAUUGUAGCUUCAGUUCAAGGUAAAGAUAUUUCAAUUGAUGAUUGGACACUUAUCAAUAUAACAUUACCAAACGAGAGAAUUAAAAUAUUCGUACGAUUAAAUAUGACACAAGGACCAUUAGCAUUUGAUGAUAUAUCUGUUGAUUAUUGUGAUGGACCAUUUCCACUACCUUCAAAGGUUUUAUAUUCUUGUGAUUUUGAAUCUUCAUGUUCAAAUGAUUUUAUUUCGUUACCUAAAUACACAUACCAAUGGUCAAUUUUGUCAGCACGUGAUGCUAUUCAAAUUGAACCUCAAGCUCCAUCUGUUGAUUAUACAUUUGGUAAUGCAUCAGGACAUUAUGCCUUCUUAACUAAUUUCAAGACAAUGGGAAAAGGUGCAGUUGGUUAUCUUCAUUUACAAAAAGAGUUUCAAAUAACCGCUAACGACUCUUAUUGUUUAAAUUUUCAAUAUGAUGGCUACGCAGCAUCGUAUUCAAAUAAUUUAAGAGUAUUGGUGUGGAAUUUAGAUGAAUUGAAAACUGUUCAAAUGCUUUGGCCACAACCGAGCUCAAGUCAAUAUAGGUAA